AAGUGACCACACAUCGCCCCCGUUGACAGGUAGUUUAAGAGUCGGACUGCAGUUGUCUACAUUAGAUGACAUCGUGUUGUGGAGUACGAGAGGACAUAAGCUGUUUGUUAUUGUCAUACAAUCAGGACUUAUAAGGAUAUACUACUGGUCACGAUGAACCUCCGUGACAUAGUACUGACCUUCACCUCUGCCCUCGUGGCCUUCAGUCGUGCCCACCAAGGUCACCAUCAUGCGGAAACACAGGCAGUUGAGGGAUUCCACGAAGCCGGCAAAAACGAACAACAUAUCAAGGAGCAUAUGCAGAACGAGAUGAACACACAGAGACAGAUGUCACCACAAGAACUAGAGUUCCAUUAUUUCCGCCUCCAUGACACGAACAACGACACGAUGCUUGAUGGUCUCGAGAUCCUACAGGCUCUGUCUCACAUGCUGCCGCCGAACAACCUCCAGCCUCACGAAGUCCAGGGCAAGACGGAGGAGCAGGUCCAGACCAUGAGGCAAGACAGACACAAGCUCAUGUUCAAGAACUAUGUUGAAAUCAUUGAUAAAGUUCUCCGGGAGGAUGACCGAGAUGGAAACGGUUACCUUAGUUAUCCAGAAUAUGUCCUCGCUAGGAGGAGAGAUGAACAGCGCAUGCGUCAACAGCAGGAAGAGAUGAUGAAACAAGGAUAUCAAGGAGGGUAUCAGCAUCCUCCACAAGGAUACCAACAACCGCCACAGGGGUACCAACAACCGCCACAGGGGUACCAACAACCUCCCCCACAAGGAUACCAGCAACCCCCGCAGGGAUACCAACAACCUCCUCCACAAGGGUACCAACAACCUCCUCCACAAGGGUACCAGCAACCUCCUCAGGGAUAUCAACAACCUCCCCCACAAGGAUACCAACAACCUCCUCCACAGGGGCACCAACAACCUCCCCAGGGAUAUCAGCAACCUCAACAUGGACAGCAACCACCACAACACGGACACCAACCUCCCCAACAGGCCCCUAAAUAAAUCAUUUGUAUGAACAUAUGGAUAUUUCACAUAUUGAUGGUCGGAUGCGGCAGUCGUGUCCAAUACCACCCAUUUGAUGGGGAAUGCAGAUGUCAGUUGGAAGUUGCGUAAAAUCAAGUGGAUUGUGAGCAUUUGGAUUAUGGGAAUAACGAUUAUUGAAAAGUAUUGAAGAAGUCAUGAGUUACCGUUGCUGAGUCGGUGGAUGUGAGGAGAGAUGACUUGGUGUAACACACGUUCAGUGAUAAGGUUGGAUAUUAAUACAAACAUUGAGACAGUUUUAAAAUAUUAUGUUGCCAAUGAGUGAACGUUCUACACCACAUAGACAUGUUCGAGUGACACGGAAUUCAUGUGUAGAACACUAUUGUCAAAAGGUGUGCUUCAUUUGUUUUUUGUGUGAAUGAAAGCGUAUGAUGAGAGAACGCUAGAAAUGUAAUAUUGUAUUGUAUAGUAUGCCGCUUGAUGGUGGUAGCGUUAUAAUGAAUCUGAUGCUGCAGAUGCAAGCAUUUGGACAAACAAUACGUGUAUAUUUUACACAUUUGCCAAAAGAAAUAUACAAAUACCGCCCAUGGUGUUCAACGUUGAUGUUCUGAAGACCUAGUAUGUACUUCUCAACAGGUGCACUUUUUGUGUCAACUAUUUAACCUUAACCGUUUGUGUCCAAUAGCUAUGUUAUCAUUUGCUGGACAUAUGGCGAACGAUCACCUAUGCUGAACAUGUGCCUUUAAGAAUAUGUUGAUUGAAACACAGCCCCAGGAUGAGCAUCAGUCAUGUCCAACAUGGCCAAGAUGAAGAGUGUCUAUUUAUUGCCUGUUAUCACCACCAUGUCAUGAGAUGAUUUCAGAGUGCAUGUCCUCACCUCAUUCUGUAAACACGUGCUCGUCAGACAAACUUUGACAGAGCUGUCUUUGGCGUAAGAUCAUUAACAUGAAAUCUAUGUACAUCUAUAAUAUAUAAACCACAUAUGAAUAAAGUCAAGAUUAUUGUAAUGU